AUGACGCAUCGAGGAGUUCAAGUACUGACCUUCAUCCCUGACGGGUGCACGUGGUCGCACCGCGCCUCGGUGGAUGCGCUGUACAACGGACGUGGGACCUCGAGUUACACAGCCCAGUCGGUUGCGUGCGUGGCGUGGGCGGGAGGGCGUGGACUUGGGGCGAGCGCCGCGGCUUUUUCGGGCCAGGCCAAAUUCCAAAAGGCAAAACGGAGGCGGCAGCGGGCGGGUACGGGUACGAGGUGCCCCCUGUCCCUCGUUGCGCGUACACCAGCCGUCACAACGAGCCCAGAUUACGUCCUAGUCUAUCCAACAAGUGGUCGAGAUCGCGCAGACGUGCUCACACGGUCUUACGACGGGCGGCAGCAGUCGCUACAGCGGUGGCGAUCCGGCUCCGUUCUUGCAGCAGGCAGGGACGGAGCGUGCGCUGGGACCGAUUUUGUCCAUUGUUUUUCAGCCCCAAGGCUAACCGGCAAUUUCGGCGCGACUAAGAACUACUAA